GCUCCCCCACCUCCGGGUCCGGUCCCUCCCCACGGCCGGGCCCUUCCUGGGGAAGAGGAAGUGCGGAGCCCGCUGCGGCCCCGCGCUGCCGGGCGGGAGCCGUGUCCGGUCGCAGCGCAGCCCCGCGGCCGGGUGUGGGCCUGCGAUGGGGUCCCUGUUCCGCAGCGAGGAGGUUUGCCUGGCCCAGCUCUUCCUCCAGUCCGCCUCGGCCUACAGCUGCAUCAGCGAGCUGGGAGAGCGGGGGCUGCUCGAGUUCAGGGAUCUGAACCCCCAUGUGAGCCCCUUCCAGCGCCGCUUCGUGGGCGAGGUGCGGCGCUGCGAGGAGAUGGAGAAGACCUUCACGUUCCUGCUCCAGGAGCUGCGCGGUGCAGGGCGGGAGCCGGGCCCGGUGCGGGGCUCCCCGCGGGCGCCGCUGGCGCGGGAGGCGCUGGGGCUGCAGGAGGAGGCGGAGCAGCUGGCGCGGGAGCUGCGCGAGGGCGCCCGGAACCGCGCGUCCCUGCGGAGCCGCCUGCGGGACCUGCGCCGCUUCCUGCACGUGCUGCGGGAGGGGCAGCGCCUCACGGGCCCCGCGGCAGCCCUGGGCUCACCGGCGCGGCCGCGGGCGCUCUCGGAGCAGGAGCCCAUCCUCGAGCCCUCGGUGCACCAGCACCUGGAGCGCAAGAUCAGCUUCGUGACCGGUGUCAUCCACCCGUGGCGGGUGAGCGCCUUCGAGCGGCUGCUGUGGCGCGCGUGCCGGGGGUACCUGGUGGCCACCUUCGUGGAGAUGCCCGAGCCCAUGGAGGACCCGGCCACAGGCGAGAGCAUCACCUGGGUCAUCUUCCUCAUCUCCUACUGGGGCGAGCAGAUCGGGCAGAAGAUCCGCAAGAUCUCGGACUGCUUCCACUGCCACGUGUAUCCCUACCCGGAGAGUGAAUCCAUCCGCAUGGACACCAUGAGCGGGCUGCAGAGCCAGAUCCAGGACCUCAGUGUGGUGCUGGAGGAGACGGAGCAGUACCUGGCGCAGGUGCUGGACAAGGUGGUGCUGGCGCUGCCGACCUGGCAGGUCCAGGUCCAGAAGAUGAAGGCCAUCUACCUGGUGCUCAACCAGUGCAGCUUCGAUGUCACUGAGAAGUGCCUCAUUGCUGAGGUCUGGUGCCCCGUGAGGGACCUCCCCCAAGUGCAGGACGCGCUGCGCCAGGGGUCGGUGAGUUGCUUGGUGUCCCCAUGUCCUUGUGUUGGG